AAAAUAGAUUUUAGAUUAAUAUUUCCAGCUACUUUUCUUAGUAUUCUGUUUAUUUAUUUUCAGAACAUAUCUGAUCUAACUUUUUUAAAUAUUAUUUCUUUAUCAAGUUAUUAUUAUCACAGAUACCCAGUGGCUCCGUACUGUUCUAGUUAUUAUUAUAGUAUUAAUAUUCCUAGAAUCAUAUACUCUGGUUACUUAUUUUAUCUUUAUUUAUCAGCUAAUAUCAAAGUCUUGGAAUAUUAUACUUCCAGGAAAAUAUAUUAA